AUGGCUCAAUUGCCUUCAAAAUUGCCAUUUUCAAAGAAAAGGCUGAGGGCUCGGGUUAUUAUCUCGUAUGCGAUUAUCCUAUAUUUUCUGGAGAAGACAGUCUAUCUCCACGAUCUUCCAGAUGUCAUGUUCGACAUCAUACCAGACCUAGAUCGCAUCGAACCAUAUCACCAGCAUUUCAGCCUCGAAAACAAGAGCCUCCAAUAUCCUUUUGCCGUCAAAGAACGGAUCACCAUACAAGAAGCUCUCCUCAUCUCAAUAGCAUCACCUCUCGUGGUCAUAAUCCUCUACACUUUAGUGAUUGACGGCCUCUUCUCCCACCACAAAUCAUCUUCACCCGAUGGAUCCGGACGCAGGAAAUUGACCGGCCCAUAUAGACUGAAAGAUCGUCUGUGGGAACUCAACUGCGGAAUUCUAGGUCUGUUGUUGUCACAAGGGCUGGCUUUUGUGACUACACAGAUCCUCAAAAAUGCAUGCGGAAAACCGCGCCCGGAUCUGAUUGAUCGUUGUCAGCCGGCAGCAGGUAGUCAGGAUUUGCCGGUCUUUGGGCUUUCGAACUCGACGAUUUGUCAGGGUGAUCCGGCGCUGAUCAAGGAUGGGUUCCGAUCCUGGCCUUCGGGGCAUACCUCCUUCGCUGGCUUAUUCUAUCUCUCCCUGUAUCUCAGCGGCAAAAUGCACAUCAUGGACAAGCGCGGCGAAGUCUGGAAAGCGAUUAUUGUCAUGGUCCCUGUUCUUGCCGCUACGCUGAUUGCCGUGAGUCGAAUCAUGGAUGCUCGACACCACCCCUUUGAUGUCAUCACGGGCUCCUUGUUGGGAGUCUUUACUGCUUGGAUAUCCUAUCGACAGUAUUUUCCAUCUCUCUCGGAACCUUGGAAAAAGGGCAGGGCAUAUCCAAUUCGGACCUGGGGCACUGAACCCAGAAUACCUCCUGGGAUGAGCGAUAACGACGACACAGUCCCUCUCCGCAACGCGAGUGGAGAGCAGAUGUAUGCUCAGGGACGACAGACAGAGCUCAGCCAGGAAUUUUCUUUGCAUCCUGAACCGCAACGAAAUGUCCCCGGGGGAGCACCCGUAUACCGUGCCAAACGCCGGAAUCUUGAUGGAUAUUCUUCAUCAUCGAGUGAGGAUAUCAGUGAAGGCUUCGAGAUGACCGCUUCUCGUAACAGGGACCGGCUUAAUACGGCCACGUCGACCGCAUCGCACCAGCCGUACGAUACUACUUAUUAUUCGCCGGGCCGAUCAGCGAGUCCGGGGAAUGUUGAGACCGGAGUGGCAUCACGACAUCUUGCGGGAGAAGUCUAA